AAAUAGAGGCUAGGCCCAUUAGUUAUUCUCUUUCUUAUUAUACAAGUUAUGAGUUAAUAAACUAAGGCCCACUAUCAAUUUCUCUCCCAAUUCUUAAUAAACCAAGGCCCAUGAAUGAUAACCCAUGACCAUCUAAGAAGCCCUUCAGCCCUUCACUGCUUCACAAUAACCUCAUUCACCUUGGCUUUUGAAUGUUCGAGAGACUUUUCCACAAUAGCUUGCUUUUGCCGUGUGCCCGUGUGAGAUUCCAUUCCACCUCCACCCUCUAGUGCGGCUGCUCAUCCUAAUUCCUAUGCUCCUUGGCUUUUGCUCUUUGGCCUUCUAUUUCUUGAGAUUUUCCUGCCUGUGAAUCCCCUUCUUCCUUUCCUUCAAUAGAUUGGUCUUCCCGCUUAAAUCAGUACAAGAUUCCCGUCCUCGCUUCUUCCGUAGGUGGGCGCUUUCCUUCCUCUAGUUCGAGAGUUGCAGGAGCAAGAAAGGGGCUUCCAUUAGCAUUAGUAGUUUUAGUUGGCACUCAUCCCGCUCUUGCUUAGAAUUUAGUCAUAUUGAUGAGCGUGUAACGUCCUUUAUUGCUCAUAUUUGCUCACAGUGAAGUGGCCGACAAAGAUAUCAUCCCCUUGUAAAAAGGUUAUAAACGUAAUGGCCCAUCAUCAACCACCACCUAAAAGAGGGAAAACUCUAUUUUCCUUCUUUAAAAAGAAAGAUGGUAUUCCUGAUGAUCAACAAAAUGCAGCAGCACAAACUUCAAUUCCUAAUUUGCGCACUUCUGAAACUGUUGUGGUUGAAAGUUCAAUUCCUAAUGUGCACACUAUAGACACGACUUCUUUUCAACGAGAUCCAGGCUUACGUAUCCCAAUUAAUGAUUAUCCAGUUAAUCAACGAGAUGAGAUUAGACGUAAAUAUCUAAAUGCAGGGCCUUUUCAACCAAAUCUUUCUGAGUAUCCUGGGACAGAAGUUGGGGCCCAGCAUCGCCGAUUUCAGUAUGCUUGGUACAAACAAUUUCCAUGGUUGGAGUAUUCUCAUUCUAAGGAUAAAGCAUAUUGUUUUCCGUGUUUCAUUAUUGAGACUAAAAGUAGUUCUGCUUUAGUUAAUGAAGGGUUCAACAAUUGGAAGAGAGUUAACAACGGAGAGAAAUGUGUAUUUCUUGUUCAUGUUGGAAACGUAUCUUCAUCACAUAACAAUUGUGUGAGAUGUGUCCAGGAUUUGAUGAAACCAACCCAACAUAUUGACAAGGUAAUGAAUGCACAAUCAAAGGAGGAUGUCAUGAAGAAUAGGUUGCGCUUGAAGACAACAAUUCAGAGUAUUCGUUGGCUUGCAUUUCAGGGAUGUGCUUUUAGAGGCCAUGAUGAAUCCCCUCAUUCAUUAAAUCGAGGGAAUUUUAUUGAAAUGGUAAAGAUGAUGGCUACUUUAAAUGAGGAUAUUGCAAAGGUGGUAUUGGAGAAUGCCCCUCAAAAUGCAACAUAUACAAGUCCAAAAAUACAAAAGGAAAUCUUGCACCUUCUUGCUAACAAAGUGAGAAUGGUGAUUCGUGAGGAAAUUGGGGAUGCAAGUUAUUGUAUUCUUGUUGAUGAAGCGCAAGAUGCUGCUAAAAGAGAGCAAAUGGCAAUUGUGUUAAGAUUUGUCAAUCGCGCGGGCAUUCUAAUUGAGCGCUUUUUUGAUAUUGUUGGUGUUAGUGAUACUGCAGCAAUUACUCUGAAAAAUGAAAUCUCCGUUAUUCUUACAAGGUACAAUCUCCAAGUUCAAAUGAUGCGUGGUCAAGGGUAUGAUGGUGCUAGCAAUAUGCGGGGUGCUUGGAAUGGACUUCAAGCAUUGUUUCUCAAAGAUUGUCCAUAUGCAUAUUAUGUUCAUUGUUUUGCCCAUCGACUGCAACUAGCAUUAGUGGCAGCAGCUAAGGAGAUGCCUUGCAUUUGGCAAUUCUUUUCACAUUUGACUUCCGUUGUUAAUCUUGUGGGUUCUUCUCCUAAACGCAUUAGUGAGUUACAAUCUACUCAACGGGAUGAGAUUACUCUCAUGUUGGCUACUGGAGAAAGACAGUCUGGUAGAGGAGCUAAUCAAAUGAGUGCACUUCAUCGAGCUGGAGCCACUCGUUGGAGCUCUCACUAUGACUCUGUUAGGAGCUUGAUAGAAAUGUAUGGUGCAUCAUGUAAAGUUCUUGAACAUCUCAGUAACGAUGGGGCAAUUGGAUCUAUACGUGGGGAAGCUAGUGGUGUUUGUGCUGCAAUUAUGACCUUUGAGUUCAUAUUUCUCUUGCAUUUGAUUGAUAAAAUCAUGGGAAUCACAGAUUUACUUUGCCAAGCUCUACAACGUAAAUCCUUGGAUAUCUUGAAUGCUUUGAGAUUAGUUUCAACAACGAAAGCUCUCCUUUCCAGAUUUAGACAAGAUGAGUGGGAUACAUUUUUUGAGAAAGUGAAGUUAUUUUGUACCAAACAUGACAUUGAUAUUCCUGAUAUGGGUGGUCGUUAUAGAGUGCGUCGUUCAUGUCAACGACAAGAUCCUAUUACAAUCGAACACCAUUAUCACUUUGAUGUCUUCAAUGAGGUAAUUGAUUUUCAGUUGAUGGAGUUAAAUAGUAGAUUCAACGAGAAAUCAGUGGAACUUCUUACUCUAAGCUCUGCUUUGGAUCCGAGUGAUUCCUUCAAAGCAUUUAAAAUUGACGACAUAUGCAAUCUUGCAAGCAAAUUUUAUACUCAAGAUUUCAGUUCACAAGAAAUCCAUGCUUUGAGAUGUGAGUUGGAGCAUUAUCAGUAUGAUGUAAUACUUGAUCCUGAGUUUCAAAGAGUUUCUACACUUUCUGAAUUAUGUCACAACUUAGUUACGUCAAGAAAGUCACAUAACUAUUAUCUGACUGAGAGAUUGAUUCGUCUAGUAUUAACUCUUCCUGUUUCGACGGCGACUACAGAACGGGCAUUUUCAGCCAUGAAGCAUGUUAAGACAGCUCUCCGUAACAAAAUGGAUGACGAAUUUCUUGCAGAUUGCAUGGUUCUUUACAUUGAACGAGAACUUGCUGAGAAAGUCAAUUUAGAUUCUGUAAUAGAUGAUUUUUAUUCCUUGAAGUCUCGUCGGGCACAACUUCAAUAGAUAUUAUCUCAUAUUGUGUAAGGUAUUUUGUUUCAUCAACUUUAAUUGUGUAUUUAUGCUAAUGUUUUACGGUUA